UAACGCGCUGUCUGUGAUUCCUGGAUUUCCUAGUCUAAAUAGGUGACUUCAUUUAGCUUUGGGUCAAACGCUCAAAGUCACUCGGGCGCACCACAACCUCGCUUCAACACUUUCCUUUAACCGCCGAGAUGUCCCAACCAACUCAAGAGGAGAUGGACGAGUACAAAGACGCUUUCGCUUUAUUUGAUAACGAAGGCGACGGCAAGAUCGAGUCGGAUCAGAUCGGUAAGCUGCUUCGUUCUUUGAACCUCAACCCCGAUGACGAAGACAUUGUGAAGAUCGAAAAAGAAGUGGGCAAUCGUCGUGUCAAGUUUGAGGAGUUCCUCGCUAUCUUCUUGGCUGAGAAACAAAAGGCAAAACCGGUCACCGCCCAGCAGUUUAUCGACACGUUGAGCGUUUUUGACAAGGACAAUGCCGGCAAGGUCUCCUCUGCUGAACUACGUCACGUGUUAACCGCGCUCGGCAAUAAACUCAGAGCCAAAGAAGUGGACGUUUUAUUUGAGGAUGUUGGGGAGCAUGCCGGAUAUGUCAACACUGCAGAUUUCGUCAACAUGGUCAUGUCGAAUUAGCAACGAAGACCGCUAUGUACCAUAACAUGAAGUUUUAAUUAUUGAUGAAUCGUGGAAACAAUUUAAUGACAAUAAACAAUAGAUAUGGCCUUAAUUUUUUUCCUGAUUUCCAGGGCUUACAAAUGAGAGAAGCGUAACUUGAUUUAAAACAUGGUAGCAUUUCUUUUUACAUCUUAUUAAAGAGAUUUUAACUUUU